AUGGCAAUGGAGCGAUGGUCACCUCCACACCGUCACCUUCUUCACAUCCCUGACAGAAAACCAGAUCUAAUGUGUGCCCAGCACUCGACUACAGUGACAUUAGCAAACGGGGCGGGGCAUCGCGAGUGGCUGGCUGCGCGAAAUAUGAAAAUGGAGGAGGCGGAGACGAGCGCGGCUCCUGGAAAGAAGAAGCCCAGGCCCCGCUUGCCGCCCUUCUCCGCCGUGGAGGCCGAGGCGGAGGCCGUUGCCGCUGGCUGGGUGCUGGACUUCGCCUGCCGCUGCCUCUGCCGCCAUUUUUGUGAGGAGAACUGGGCGGAAUUCGAGCGGAGCCGCGAUCUGGCGUUGACUAUUAUUAAAGGGUUACACAAAAUAGAAACUCAUCGGAUGAAAACAGUGUGCCUUUGUCAGCUGUUGGCAUAUAUCGGAGAAGGAAAGUCAAUCGAUUGUCAUACCAACAGUGACCAAAAACUUUCACCACUAGAAAAUGCUUACUUGGUUUGGACUUCAUUUCUAAAAGUGCAAAGCAAACAAGAGAAACUACAUGAAGAUAUCAAGCGCUUGAUUCAGAUUCAGGCUGUAGCAGUAUACAUGGAGAAAGGAUAUUUUAAUAAGGCUACAGAGGUGGUGGAACGGUUGUUUCCAGAAUCACUCACAAAUGAGCCAUUGCGAAUGAAGUUGUGUGCCAUAACAAAACAGAAAGAUCCAUACCACCCGUUUCUUCGGCAUUUCAAUUUCAAACUUCUGCUUGAAAAAAUCAAGUCCUACAUCACUGUUUUCUUAAAUGAAGACUCUAAUAAUUUUCUAAUUAAGGAAGCUACAAAGGAGGUAGAAAGCAGGUGUACAGGAAAAAUCAUGGUACCUAUAGAAUUUGAUAAAUUAAUUGAAGAAAAGAAAGAAAAGUACUUUGAAAUGACACGGAGAUCUGAUCAGCAGUCUUAUUCCUUGAAUGAUGAAACAACAUUUUUUAAUCCAGAGCAGGCAAAAUCUUCACUGAAACCAAGAACCAGGAAACAAAACGUUCUUCAAAAGAAGGAAGAUUUGCAGGAUAUUGAAAUUAGUCCAAAAAGGUGGCCGUCAACAGGUCAAAAAAAACAGCGAUGGAGUUGUGAAGAAGAUGAGAAACUUAAAGAUGGUGUGCAGAAGUUUGGAGUAGGAAACUGGACUAAAAUUCUUCAACAUUAUGACUUCAAAGAGCGAACUAAUGUCAUGCUGAAAGACAGGUGGAGAACUAUGGUCCGAUUAGGCAUGGUUUAAACUGCCUUUCCCAAAUAUGUCAUCUGUUUCCCUGUUCUUCCCUUAUGGUAGUAUCAUGAUUUAAACAUUACAUUCAUUGCUAUCUUUAUAUGUAAAUUAUAAUACAAUAAUUUAUGAGGUGUGUCCUCAAUUGCUAAUAUAUUUCUAUAACAUCUUUUAUGCCUCUCAAUGUAUUUCGUCAAGACUGACGGAGGGUUAAUACGAAGGUUUCUAUCUCAUUACUGAACAGAAUUGGUGAAGUCAUGUAGCAUCAGAAUGUUCCAUUUCUAUCUCACGUAUCACUGCAUAAAAUACCUCAACAAAACUGUUUGAAGACUUAAAAAAAUCAAAGAAUAGGUAGAACCUAACUGAAUAUUUAAGAACUGUGCAGUUAUAUACUUUAAUACUUGCCUUUCACAGAGUUCUCUACAAGAAGAAUAUGGGUAGUUGAUUGUUGGUGCCAAGUAUCAUAACAGUUGUUUUUCUGGGAACAGGAAAGGUGCUAACUCCUCUUUCUGUGUCUCAAACAACUGUGACAUAUUAUGUACUGCACCAGUAUGACUAUCGUGCCUGUCUUUUUUCUUAUCCUUUCUUGGACUUUUAAGCUCUCGGUGUAUAUUUCAUGUGCGUUUACUGGGCUGUAUGGAAAUAAAGCACAGGGAUUGGUUAUUCUGAUAACUAGUUGUAAGAGCUGUGCUUCAUGCUCUAUUUAUAACUUUGGGUGGGUUAAUUUUCUUUCACUUAAUGACAUAUCCAAAAUCAACCACUCAUCUGUACCAUUUGUACAGUAUUUGGAAGAGAGUUGUAUUGAAGUAAGGAAGGGUGGCUGUAUAUAGAUUAUUGUAUGUAGCUCUUAUCCCAGAAUUUGGGUUCUAAAACAAUGUAAUUAUUUGUGUCUGGAGUAGUUUAACUAGUUUAAUUUUAUACUAGGUCUUCCUCCAUUCUGGAUUUGAAAAUAUUGUAGUAACAUACCAGCAAAAUAAAUACUAUUUUGUUA